GUAUAAUUCAGUUCGAUGAUAAAGACUUUAAAAUACAUUUGUUGGCACUACUGACCUAUAUAAUAUCUUAGAAAAAAUCUGUUUUCAAUGCCAAUAUUAAUAUUAAAAAAGCACAUUUGCUUGCUUAAUUGCGCGAAAAUUCGUUUAGGCAUUUUCUAGAUGGCGCUCGAUAAUCAACGUAAAAUGUUAUAGUGUCAAUAAUUAUUUGAGUUUAAUACCGAUUUAUUUUAUUGUAAAUUACAAUGGAGGAUGAAGUGACAAAUAAAACAUUAACUGGUAUUCCUUCGUUGCAAACAAAAGCUGGUCCUAGGGACAAAAAUUUGUGGAUACAACGAUUAAAAGAAGAAUAUCAAGCAUUGAUUACGUAUGUCAAGAAUAAUAAAGAAUCGAACAAUGAUUGGUUUAGGUUAGAAUCAAAUAAAGAAGGUACAAGAUGGUUUGGAAAAUGUUGGUACAUGCAAAAUUAUUUAAAAUAUGAAUUUGAAAUUGAAUUUGAUAUACCUGUAACGUAUCCGGCAACAGCACCUGAGAUUGCAUUACCAGAGUUGGAUGGUAAGACAGCAAAAAUGUAUAGAGGUGGAAAAAUUUGUUUAACGGAUCACUUUAAACCUUUGUGGGCACGUAACGUACCCAAAUUUGGUAUUGCUCAUGCUAUGGCUCUUGGUCUUGGACCAUGGCUUGCGGUAGAAAUACCUGAACUUAUACAAAAAGGAGUAGUAGUGCAUAAGGAAAAAAAUGAAGAAAAGAAAUAACACAUACUUGAUAUAGAUUAAAUAUCUAGAAAGAAAAAAAUACUUGUAUUUUAAAUGAUAAUUGUUAAAAUAUCACAUAUGCUUUAGACAUCUUUUUUAUUUUAAAUGAAUUAUCUGUAUAUAUCAUUCCUAAUUACACUGUUAUAUGUAUUUUAAACAUUUAAACAGUUUUAUAUACAUUAUUGACAUAAACAGAUGCUAUUAUAUUAAGAAAUAUUUUAUUUACAAAUUUA